AUGGGACAUUCCAACGUACCGCUCACAUUCACAUACUCGUGUUCCAACAGGGAAAAACACAAGAGUAGUCAUCUGCAACCCUACACGUCAAAUGAGAACCUAAACAAUGCAUUAGGUGCCAUUAGGGUGCUGGGUCUUGAGCGGAUCGAAGAUGAGUUGAAGCCGCACUUGCGCACCGUUCUUGUGGCCAUUCAGGAGAAGAACAAAGGGGCCGCCGAGCAAGUGGUGAUCAGUGGGAUCCUUCCAAUUCUGGCACUGUUACUGAGAGACAGAGGCCCUCUGGCACUGCUGACUGCCCAACUGGUGGCUGAGCUCGCCAAAGAAUCGGUCAUCCGUAAAGGUUUCGGAGAUGCUGGCCUGGUUACCGCACUGCUGUCUGUGCUGACUUGUGCAGACCAGAACCUGCUGAGGCUUGCAGUCCAGGCAAUUGCUCGUGUGUCUUAUGACAGUUGUAAGCAUCAGCAGCUCUUACUGCGCAGAGGGGCAAUACCUCGUCUAGUGGCCGUCCUGCUGCGAUUCCCCUGCAACGAGGCCUUAGAAGAGGUUUGCCUCCGGGCCCUGUGUAACCUCAGCGGCAUGAGCGUGACGGAGGAAGCCGGCAUGGUGUGGGAAAGGGGCACGCCUGCUCAGCCGGGGGAAUGCAUAUUUUGUGGCGUGUCACCACGCAAGUGCGGCUUUGUGACCUCUGUCACCGUGGUGCGUGUAUGCCGCUGGGCGCCAGCACAGUACGCCGUCAGCGUGGAGCUCGUCCAACGUUCCACUGCUUCAUUCUUAAACUUUCACAAGAACAAACGCUCUACUCGUUGCUUCCCCUUCUUUAGUAUUGGGAGACGUUCCAAGACGACAACCAGGAACAGCCCGAGACGCUCCAGCCUGAAAACGCUGGUCUUUCACACCUUCCUCUGA